AUGCCUUCCAUUACCAACAUGGUCACAGCGCUGGUCUAUGUCGCUUCUGCUGCAAGUACCCUUCCCGUUAAUGUCGCUCGCCAACAGACCACUGAAUGCGCGACUGGUACGUGGUACUACUCUUGUGACACAAAUGUCGGCUGUUUCGACCACGAUCCUUGUACCAAACCCACUGCUGCUUCUGGUAGAACCCUCGAAAAGGCCAAGGACAAGCCUCCUGCUACAACUUCGGUCAAGACCAUCGUCCCUGCCACGUUGUACGACAUUUACCCUGAGAAUCCCGAUGAAUCUAGUGGCCUAGUCAACGGCGUGCAUCUCGAGACCUGGAAGGAUAAGUCUCAGGUUGAGCAAGUGAUCGUCUUCAAGAACAUCCCCGCGGACGCACAGAACUGCAAUCUGUCUUGGCGUCAAGGCCCUCGCUACUCUCGAAGAUUCCUCGUCAAGAACAGCGAUGCACAAGCUGAUGCACGACCUCUAUCUGGUUUCCCCGAGAACAGUGUAACAUACAACUCCGUCAAGCCCUUUGACGGUCAGAAAUCUAUCGGCGGCCCCAACUUCUCUUUCUGGGACGACCGCAAGGAAGACGUGCAUCUUGUUGGGGGUGUAGACUGUGCUGAGACUGUUUCCUUCAUCGUUGGACUCCGAAAUGCCAAGGGCGAUUCCCAGGUCUACCUUGAGCAAGAUGAACAUGAGAACGGCUGGACUCUUACUUAUCAUUAA